UAUUUCCGCUUUCCAGAAAUUUAUUUUUGCUUCCAAUAUUUUUUACAAAUGUGUCCAGAAUUGAUCCCCAAAGAUUGAAACGAAGAGCAGAAGAACAUUAGUGUUAUACAAACAAUACAUUUCAGUCCUUUUCGAGAAAACUAUGGCUGGGAAUUUUUGGCAAAGUUCUCAUUAUCAACAAUGGGUUCUGGACAAGCAAGAUUUAAUGAAGGAAAGAGCAACAGACCUGAAAGUUCUGGCAGAAGAGGAAUACAACAAAAUCAUGAUUUUCUAUGCAAAUUUCAUCCAAGCCCUUGGUGAACAGUUGAAAGUCCGCCAACAAGUCAUUGCAACAGGAACCGUCUACUUCAAACGUUUUUAUGCCAGAUCUGGAAAUUCCCUCAAAUGUAUAGAUCCAUUAUUGUUGGCACCAACGUGUGUGUUCCUGGCAUCAAAAGUGGAAGAAUUUGGUGUCAUUUCAAAUACAAGACUUAUUUCUACAUUAAAUUCAGUUGUUAAGAACAAAUUCUCUCAUGCAUUUGGAAAUACAGAGUCGCCAUACAGAAUUAGCCAAGUCUUGGAAUGUGAAUUCUAUCUCCUUGAAAUGAUGGAUUGCUGUCUAGUAUUAUAUCAUCCAUACAGACCCCUUGUCCAGUAUGUCUCAGAUAUGCAACAAGAUGAAACACUACUGUCAUUGGCUUGGCGUAUAGUGAAUGACAGUUUACGAACAGAUGUCUCUUUAUUGUUUCCUCCUUACCUUAUUGCACUAGCCUGUCUGCACAUGGCCUGUGUGAUACAACAAAAAGACUGCAAAAACUGGUUUGCAGAGCUAUCUGUGGACAUGGACAAGAUCCUUGAUAUAACUCGUUACAUUCUUGGACUCUACGAACUGUGGAAAAACUACGAUGAGAAAAAGGAAAUAUAUGGUUUACUACAGAAAAUGCCAAAACCUAAAUUUGCCCCCUCAAGACCUCCUUCGCAGGGACCUAGUGGGCAGGAGCCCGGUGGGUCACAGCAGAAAGUACAGUGAAGUCACCCAUUGCUUAUCUUUUGAGAGACAUCUACUACUUGGCCUGAAGGAAACACAUUGAUUCAACAAUCUUGUCGGAAAUGAAUUCAGGAACUGUCAGUGGCUGGUGCUGCUUGUUGUGGUUAUGGACUUCACUGCGAGGAGGUGACAUGGCCUCAUGGGUGUCCGCUGGAGUUGCAAAGGGGUUGAUUAUCCUAAAAUAGAAGGCUUUUCAAGGUCGAUUUUGAUAGCGUGUUUCAGCUUGGGGGUUGUUCUGGGUCAAUUUCAAUGAUUUUCCCUGCUUUUUCCUCAAUGGUUUUGCACCCCUGACCCCCAGUGUGGAUGCCUAUGUGAUUUGCUGUGUGCCACUUGGGCAAGGAUGCCUUUCCCUCAUGAGGCUAAACACGGGUUCUCUUCACAGAAACAUUACAUGUAUAGUACUAAAGCCUUUUAGGACAUUGUAAAGUUGGGACCAUGGUUCAUGGUACAUUUGAGAGGCUAGGAUACUUGGGGCAGUGAGCUGAGAUAUCAAGGAGGAGAUCUUAUGAGCACAAUAAAGUGCUCAACAUGAAGAAUAACUGGACUCUCUUGCCCUUCCUUUCUUCAUUAAUUCUUGUCAGUAUUACAAGGAGAACAAUGGCUGGAGCAUGUGUUUGACCCUGUGAUAUUUUGGGAAAUGGGGUAGGAUUAUAAAGCCACAGUCACUCAAACUGUUGAAGCAUCUGUAUCCUAAAACCUUUACUAAAACGGGGAGUCCAUGUGAAAAAGGUGGUGUUUUUGAAGUGACACCUCCGAGGUAUCUGUAGAGUGAUAUUCCAAUUCUCAUCAGAUGCAAACAUAGCUUGAAUCAAAGACUAGGAAGCUUUUGCUUGAGUAAAUAAAGAUGGUAGC